AUGGUCAUGGAUUUGAAGGGCAAGCUGAUAACCACCAAUGAAGACAAUAAACUUCUAGAAAAGAUGAGCAAACUGACUACCUUGAAGUAUCUAGAGAUGGAAAAUGUAGUAGUAAACAUAAGUAGAAACUUAAAGGACUUAAGCCAGAAAUAUGCUAUUCUUCAGUCUUAUUUGGACCAAGUUAUUCUAACUGAGGAGCAGGUAGCCUACAAGCUGGAAACAUAUUGGAAGAAACUAGAAGAAAGUACAAGAAGUUAG